GAGCGAGCAAGAGAGAGAGAGAGAGAGAGACAGAGCGAGAAAGACGGCAAAGUUUCUGCUCUGCUCCUCAGUACUGUAUAGUAUUGUCACACAGACAUGGACAAACCCGUCAAAGAGGGUCUGCUCUUUGCUCAGUACCAGAAGUUCGGCAAGAAGUGGAAAAAGAGUUGGUUUGUCUUGUACGCUGCCAGCCUGCAUGGAAUCGCACGGAUUGAGUUCUUUGACUGCAGCAACCCCAUUGAGAAGCCUAGCACCAAGAAGCUUGACAAGAAAAUCAUUCGAUUGGCAGAGUGCAUUAGCAUUGUGCCCCUGCAUACUGAAACAUGCCCCAAAGAGAACAUGCUGGCAUUCAGUGUGGAGACUGAUGAGAAGAUCUACAUCUUUGCAAGUGAGCAGGAAUCCAGCAAAGAGUGGAUCAACAAGUUGUGUGAAUGCACCUUCACGAAGCCAGUUGGAGAUAUGAUGAAUGAAACGAAACGUGUAGGAGGCAAAACACCCAAACUGUCUGAUAUAGAGCAAGUGUUUGAGAUGGCAGACAACAGCAUCUAUGAAUCCAGGCAGGAAGUGAGGGAUUUCAAGGUGACAGUACAGAAAACAGAAGCCUCAGAGCGGUGUUCCCUCUCUGGAUCAUAUAUAAUGAGAGCUGACAAAGAAGGUUUAAUUCUGAAAGACCCAGAAACUACAAAAACUCUGUUUAUUUGGCCCUACAAGUUAUUGAGGAGAUAUGGUCGGGACAAGGUGAUGUUCUCCAUUGAAGCAGGACGGCGUUGUGACUCAGGGCCAGGAAACUUCAACUUUGAGACGAAGCAAGGCAGUGAGAUAUUUCAAAUUGUGGAUGAAGCGAUCCAACAGCAGAAAGCACAGUAUGAUGACAAUGGGCAGUGUUCCUCUUUGGAUUCUGAUUCAUCUGCAAUCCAGCAGAUUCGCAAUGCUAUUGCAGAGUCCAUGACAGGAGCAGGGGCAACAGGGCGAGCACCUCAGAUCAUAGAACCUGAGGCAGACUCAGUCAGAAACCCAGGAUCAGGAAGUAGGCCUAAUUCAGCAGACGGUAUCUUCAUAAAGAAAGACAGCUCUCAGUCAGAGGACAAGGAGAAAAUGUUAAAAAAUCGAAUUUUGCCUGAACCUCCAGGCAUGUCAUCAAAACCUGUGAUCAAGAAUAAAUUGCCCAGAUCCAUAAACCUUCCAGCUGAACCAUCAACAAAUGACAAUUCCAAUUUAUACUCUGAACCUGUUGAUUCUGUGAAACCGUGUCUGCAUCUUGAAGAUUCCUUCUACUCAGUUCCUGUGGACAGCAUCAAUACUUGGACUAAAGUUAUCCCCACCACAGAGGAGGAACCACGAAAACCAUCAUCUAAAGGUGAACCUCUCUACUCAGAUAUUUAUGAUAAUGUCAGUGUAGAUGUUGAAAGCAAGAUAGCUGCGCUGAGAAUUGAAGUGAUACCCAGAAAUGUGACUGUUAAUCCAGAAGAGCAUAUUUAUGAUGAACCAGAAGGUAGAGCCAAGCUUCCAACCCCACAUGAAUCCACACUAUACGAUGAGGCAAGGAUAACAGGUAAUGCAUGGAUCAAGCAAGGUUUGGAGGAGCAGACAGGCAGUGAGAUUACAUACAAUUCCAGCACCAAUGACUACCCAGUACCAUCAAGUGGGAAGCAGCAACCUCGUCCAAAGGGACCAAAACCAUUACCAGCACCAAAACCUCAGAAAAUUGCAAUCCCUAAGAAGGAGUUACCAAAACCAUUGGCACACGCCAACUUGAACAAUUCCAAUAACAUUCACAUUUAUGGCCAGGUGAUUAAAGUCAAGCCACCCAAAAAGGAGUCUGAGAACUCCAUGGACGGGUCUUUGAGUACAGAUUCUAUAUAUGAAGAUCUUGGAAGUAUUUAGGCUGGGCUGGGAGAGAACAAUUCUGAGCAGUUAUGAUUAAAGCUGAUUAAAUGCUGGAUGAAUUUAUGUAUCACAUUGAUUUAAGCGGCUACAGUUGAACUUUUAACACGUAAUUUCUUGGAUGGAUAGCUGAAUGGACACAAAUUUGUGCCACAUGUGUACAGUAUUGAAAGAAAGAUAGAAAUAGUUAUUAGAUGGUUAAGUUUUAUAGUUGCAAAUGAAGCUGUUUGACACAGCAGUACUGUUCCAGUUGAUCUGUAGUCUAGCCAGUCUCAGUGUGCUCUCUUUUAAAUGUGGGGAGGUUUUUAAGGAAAGAGGCUUCAAAAUCACUCACUGACUAUAAAUGGACAAUAAAACUAAAACAAAACCAGUGAGCGUUCAACAAGUGCACCGGAUGACACACAGGCUGGACAACAACAUUGGUUUGGAAAUGGAGGAUAUCAGAGGACAGAGUUAUAGUUUACCACUUCUGGAAAUGGUUCAUUGUUUGUCAUUUGUUUUUGUUUUGUUUUGUUUUUGUUUUUUAUCUGGGCAAUCCUGCAAACUUUCAAAAUAUUUCUCCACACACUGAAUAGAAUGGUAAAAUCUGCAGUCAUCUCUUCUAAAGUGAAGUCAUUCAGCAACAUAAUGCUCCACAAUGCAGUGGUAAAUUAAUUAAUUGUGUACUUGUAAAUGUAAAGUUUAACACGAACAUGAUCAAAGCCAAGUUGGUUCUGAUGCCCACUACGAUUUUCAUCUGUGUGUACUUUAAUAGUUUUAAUUCUGUAGGCUGCACAGUCUACCAAGUAUAAAUAAAGUGUUAGCGUUUUUUUUUUU